AUGGCGGAGGAGUCGUACGACGAAGAGUGCGACUAUCUCUUCAAGGCGGUGCUGAUAGGAGACUCUGCCGUCGGAAAGUCAAAUCUCUUGUCGAGAUUCUCAAGAGACGAGUUCCGGUUAGACUCUAAACCGACCAUCGGAGUAGACUUUAGGUACCGGAAUGUUCGAGUUGGUGGGAAGACCAUCAAAGCUCAGAUAUGGGACACGGCCGGUCAAGAAAGAUUUAGAGCAAUAACGAGUUCGUAUUACCGUGGAGCUUUAGGAGCUUUACUUAUCUACGACAUCACUAGACGACAAACAUUUAAAAACAUCAACAAAUGGUUGUCUGAGCUCAGAGACUUCUCCAGUCCCGAGACCGUCGUUGUUCUCGUCGGUAACAAAUCCGAUCUCCGGCAAUCAAGAGAAGUUAAGGAGGAAGAAGGUAAGACUCUAGCUGAAUUAGAGGGUCUCUAUUUCCUCGAAACAUCUGCUUUAGAGAACCAAAACGUCGAAGAAGCGUUUCUAAGCAUGAUCGGACGUAUACAUGAGGUUUUGAUCCAAAAGAGCGUUUCAGACAACAAAUCUAACGGUGAAGGUACUACGGUCGUUCCCGCCGGUAAAGAGAUCGUAAAUAUUCACGAAGUUACCGCCACUCGACCGUUGAGUAGUACUUUCUCCAAUUGUUGUUUAAAGUAA